AAAACCUCUUAAUAUUUAUUUGUUUGAACAUUGCUAGUCAUGAUGGUGAUAACGAAAUAAAUUUUAAAAUCCGUUAUAUUUACAGUUAAUAGAAGGAAACAUGGUAUCGGUUACCAUGGGAACAGCUGCAAUCACAACAAUAACAUUCAAGACGAAGUGUUUGGAGAAUCAAGACACUUAAUCAGUUAAAUUUAGGAGAAAAUAAUGCGUUUAAAGCAUAUUAAAACAAUAGUUCCAUCUCAAGAUGGAUCCGAGAGAGUUAUGGCUAUGUGUUGGUCUCCAAAUAAUAGAAAACUUGCUAUUUGUACUUCCGACAGGGUUAUUUUGUUAUUCGAUGAAACUGGAGAAAAAAGAGACAAGUUUUCAACAAAACCUAUCGAUCCAGUGUAUGGUAAAAAAAGUUAUGUCGUCAAAGGUAUGUCAUUUUCAGCAGAUUCUACGAAAAUUGCUAUCGCGCAAAGUGAUAAUAUAGUGUUUGUCUACAAACUUGGGGAAAGUUGGGGAGAAAAAAAAGUGAUUUGCAAUAAAUUUCCAUGUCAGAGCGCUGCUACAUGCAUCACUUGGCCAUCAGAUGGACCUCUUGUGAUUGGCCUUGCCGAAGGACGCGUCCGUGUUGCACACAUAAAAAAUAACAAAACAUCCACUUUGUAUAAUUCCGAUUCUUACGUUAUUUCACUCACGAGUAAUAUUAGUGGUAAAGGAGUUAUAUCUGGUCAUGCAGAUGGUACUGUUGUUCGAUUUUUUUUCGAUGAUGAAGGAACUGGUGAUAUUCAAGGUAAAAUACUAACACAUACCUCCCCGCCUUAUGCUCUCGUUUGGGCAACUAAUUCCAUCAUUGCAGCAGGUUGCGACAAGAAAAUAGCUAUUUAUGGAAAUGACGGUGCUCUUAAAAAACAAAUCGAUUAUAGCCGUAACACGAAUGAAAAAGAAUUCACAACAGCUGUUUGUAGCCCAAGUGGGAAGACAGUGGUGAUCGGCAGUUACGAUCGAUUGAGAAUUCUGAAUUGGAGUGCCCAACAUCACGAAUGGGAAGAAGCUAAACCAAAAGAAGUUACAAACUGGUACACAAUAUGUACUUUAGCUUGGGCGAAAGACGGGUCGAAGCUUUCUGUCGGUACAUUGACUGGUUUAGUGGAAUUAUUUGAUUGUAGCAUGAAGAAGUCCUUAUAUAAAAGGAUAUUUGAAGUCACAUACAUAGAUCCCAGUCAAGUGAUUAUAAGAAACAUUUCUAACAACCUUCAAGUGAAUAUUAAAUCGUCAAACUCUUAUGAAAUAUUGGAUCUUAAAAUUUUAGGUAAAAAUAGAUAUGCUGUUAUACACACUUCACAAACUCUAAUUCUUUGCGACAUGGAAGCGAAGUUGACGAGUGAGGUGCCGUGGUUCGGUGUCGGUGAAAAUGUAAAGUUUUUUUUCGAUUUUGAGAAUGUAUGCCUCGUGUUCAAUGUGGGUGAGCUGUCCUUGAUCGAGUACGGCAACAAUACGAUAUUGGGAUCGGUGAGAACGGAGUUCAUGAAUCCGCACCUCAUAAGUGUUUGCCUUAACAAACGCAAUGGCGAACCUCUCUCCAAUAAUAAAAAACUUGCAUACUUAAUAGAUCUUAAAACUAUCGCAGUAUUGGAUCUGAUGACCAAUCAGCUUUUGAUUCAAAUAAGUCACGAGUCGAAGAUCGAUUGGCUGGAGCUGAGUGAGACGGGCCGUAAACUGUUGUUUCGUGAUAGGCGACAGAGACUCAACCUGAUAGAUAUAAUAAAAGAUGAGAAAAAAACAAUGCUAAAUUAUUGCUCUUUCGUUCAGUGGGUGCCGGGAAGUGACGUCGUCGUCGCUCAAAGUCGAGGUAGUCUUUGCGUCUGGUAUAAUAUUGAAGCUCCCGAUAAAGUUUCUAUCAUUCCCAUCAAGGGUGAAAUAUUAGAAAUUCAGCGAAGUGAUAAUAAAACUGACGUUAUUGUGAGUGAUGGUACCUCGGUCACAACGUAUGCCUUAGAUGAGGGAAUGAUUGAAUUUGGAAGUGCCAUUGAUAACCAUGAUUUUAAAAGAGCAGUCGUGUACCUAGAAAAAUUAGGCUACUCAGAAGAAACCGAGGAUAUGUGGGCAAACUUAGGGAAACUUGCCUUAGAUUCACUCAAUUUACAAAUAGCAGAACGUUGCUAUGCUGCUGUAGGUGACAUAUCUAAAGCUAGAUAUUUGAGAGAAACUAUUUCAAUAGCUAAUGAUGCUGCAGCCAACUCGGGUAGUGAUGGGUAUGAUUUUUACCAAGUGAGAGCUCGAUUAGCCAUAAUGACGAAGGACUAUAAAGUUGCUGAAAGCAUCUACGUAGAACAGAACAAAAUUGAGGAAGCCAUACAAAUGUACCUCGAUUUGCACCGUUGGGAAGAUGCAAUUGAACUAGCUAAAGUGACUGAUCAUCCUGAUUUGGAAAGACUCAAUGAAACUUACUUUGAAUGGCUGCAAACAACUAAUCAAGAAGAGAAAGCAGGCGAACUGAAAGAAAAUAAAGGUGAAUUUCAAGAGGCAAUUCGUUUAUACUUAACUGCUGGAUUGCCAACCAGGGCAGGUCGUGUUAUAUCUAGCAUGCCACUGUUAGCAGAAAAUGAUGAGUUAGUUCAAGAAAUAGCCUCAGCACUGAUGAAAGGUGAAUUCUAUGAGCAUGCUGGUGAUCUUUAUGAAAAAAUUAAUAGUUACCAUAAGGCUCUGGAAUGCUAUAGGCUUGGGAAUGCAUUUAAUAGGGCUGUUGAUUUAGCUCGCACAGCAUUUCCCGAAGAAGUUAUACAUUUGGAAGAAGAAUGGGGCGACCACCUUGUAUCAAUCAAACAACUAGAAGCUGCAAUUAAUCACUAUAUUGAAGCUGGGAAAUCAGUAAAAGCUUUGGAUGCUGCAAUAAAUGCAAAGUUGUGGAAAAAAGCUGUAGAAAUAAUGGAAAUUAUUGAUGACUCUCAAUCGAUGAGUAAAUAUUUAAAGCCAAUGGCACAACAUUUUUAUUCAGUUGGCCAGUAUGAACUGGCCGAGCAUUUACUAGUUGAAGGAGGCAUGUCUCGUGAAGCCGUAGACAUGUAUAAUCGUAUAGGCGAGUGGGACAAAGCUUAUAAAAUUGCCAGUCAGUUUCUGGAUUCCGCAGAAGUGCGUCGAAUGUAUAUUUCUCAGGCGAAGGUUCUUGAAGAAAAGGGUGACUACAAAGAUGCUGAAAAACUAUACACUUCAGCCCAAGAAUAUGAUUUAGCUAUUGCAAUGUAUGAAAAUCUUAAACAAUAUGACAAAGUGUUGAAAAUGAUAAAAAAGUACUAUCCUGAAAAGUUACCUGAUACUUACCUUCAUAUAGCUAAACUGUUAGAAGAGGAUGGAAAAUAUGGGCAAGCAGAAGAUUACUACUCAACUGCUGGAGAGUGGAAAGUAGCUGUCAAUAUGUACCGAAACUUGGACAUGUGGGAAGAUGCAUACAGAGUAGCCAAAACUAAAGGAAAUGACAUUGCUGCUAAACAGAUAGCUUAUUUAUGGGCUAAAAGUGUAGGAGGUGAUUCUGCAGUUAAACUUCUUAAUAAAUUUGGUUUGCUAGAAAGUGCUAUAGACUAUGCCACUGAAAACUGUGCAUUUGAUUUUGCUUUUGAAUUAUCUAAAACCUCAAUGAAGCAUAAACUUCCAGAUAUACACCUAAAGUUUGCUAUGUUCUUAGAAGAUGAAAUGAAAUUCAAAGAAGCAGAGUUAGAAUUUAUUCAGGCACAACGACCAAAAGAAGCAGUUUUAAUGUAUGUGCACAAUCAGGAUUGGGAGAGUGCACAAAGAGUAGCAGAAGCCCACGAUAAAGAAUCAGUUUCUGACGUACUGAUUGGGCAAGCGAGAUUUGGGUUUGAGCGUGGUGAGUACCAAAAAGCAGAAUCUCUUUUAUUGAGAGCUGAAAGAGCUGAUCUGGCAGUAAAGUUCUAUAAAGAAGCUGGCAUGUGGAAUGAUGCUCUUAGAGUUUGUAAAGAUUAUACACCCAAUAAACUGAUGGAACUUCAGGAAGAAUAUGAAAGCGAAAGUUCUGAGAAAGGCUUGAGAGAUGCCCAGCAGUUAUUUGAACAGGCCUCUAGCUGGGAAGAGACGGGUCAGUAUCAGAAGGCCAUUGAUCGGUAUUUGCAGGUCUCUCCUUCUAAUUCGAAAAAUUUUGAUUUUAUUGAAAAGUGUUGGGUGAAAGCUGCAGAACUCUCUUGGAAGUUUAUGAACAAGCAGCAUACUGAAAAGUUAAUUCAGCAAAUUGCACCACAGUUGCUACAAAUGAAAAAGCAAACAACUGCUGCGCAAUUAUUUUUAAAAAUUAAUUCCAUUAAAAAUGCUUUAGAUGCUUUAAUUGAUGCAAAAGAUUGGAGCAAAGCCAAAAGAGUAGCAGCAGAGGUGGAUCCUCGCUACGAAGAGUAUGUUGAUAAUUGUUAUAAAGAUUUCUUAAGAUCAGAGGGUAAUACAUCAGAAUUAGCUGACAUAGAUGUUAUUGCAGCUCUGGACUUGUAUGCAGAAAGAAAUCAAUGGGAAAAGUGCUUAGAGGUUGCUCAGAAACAAGGCAUGAAAGUACUGCAUAAAUAUGUGGCAAUACUGGCCGUUAAACUUAUAAAAGAAAGAAAAGAGCAAAAGGCAUUAAGUUUAUACGUAAAUUAUGGCAUCCCUCCAAUGAGCCAGAAUUUCUCGAUCUACCGCCAUAUUAUCUCAGCCAUUUUUCGAAUGCCAGACACCUUUAACCAUGAAGCUUAUUCUCUCUGGUCUAAUUUGCGAAAUAUACUAUUCCAAUUAUGUCAAAGUUUGCAAAAAGUUAGUAGUGAGGAAUGCGACGAAUUUAACACUUAUUUAACAAUUGCCCAUUAUUAUUCAACAAGAUCGGCUUGCUUGGGUCACCCGAGUCUCGAACGGCAAGCCGUGAAAAUCUCACUCAGUCUGUUGAGGAAUGCUGAUGUCAUUCCUGCCGAUAAACUCUUUUAUGAAGCUGGCGAGGCUGCAAGGAAAAUCGGAUGGAACAGCAUCGCAUUUGUAUGUCUUAAUCACUUGAUGGACAUAUUCGAAGCAAUUGAGGAUGGUUCGAAUGAAGUGGAUAAUACUGAUUUCCAAGAUACAGAUAUUCCUGUUAAUAUCUUGAUACCUUCAGAAACUUGCCUGAAAGAAUCACAGCACGAAGAGACUAGGGAAUGGGUGUUAUCAGUCUCAAUGGAUCAAACAGUAGACCAAUCUUUACCCUUGGAUGAGAGACAAAUGUUUGAAGCCUCUUUAAUGUCCCAUGACGGCAGGCAGUACCCGCCUUGUCUGGUGACAGGUUAUCCCGUCAUGAGGAAUAAAGUCGAGUUUGGGAGUUCCGGUAAAGUUGCCAACAAAGACGAUUGGAAUAAACUUAUUAUGACUGCAAAAGUUAAUCACGUGUCUGAAUGUGAAGAUGUGCUCAAGUUUAUAACGUCUUGGUGUGGGGGAACUAGCAAUACAGGAUUUACAUUUCAAUGAACUGCAUUAUUUAAAGUGGUGAUUGCCAUCAGCUACAUGUGAAUAACUUUAUCAAGAAUUGAUUUAAAAUCUUAAAUAGUAAUAAUCAGUGAUUCCGCCUUAUGAAAUAGGCUAAUAUCAUAGACUGGGCACAUGCAGAAGUGUCCUCUGGCAAUGGGUAAUUUUCAAUUGUGAAGAGGCAACCACUAUAAAUUAAUAUUUGUCUUGUAAGCAAAAUUAAACCAACCUCCCCCCCUCAAAAAAACUAUUACUGACUCAGUUACUAAUAUAUAACAUAUUUCUAAUCAUAAGACAUUUACUUUUCAUGCAUAUCUUUAAAUUAAAAAUUUUAAUUUUUAUUACAGAUCUGCUUUUAAUAACAAAA